AUGAAUCAUCUCUUGCUCCUGCCGCUCUUGAUGAUCAACGUCGUGCCGACGAUAUCCACCAUAAGAGGAUUGUACCAGAUCGGUCGGGACGGCAUCAAUAGUACGCUGAAUACAGCCAUUGAACUGCCGGGAAGAUUUCUGCAGGGUUACACCGAGAACAUCGACCUCCCGUCGAAGGCUAUCCUCGAUGGCAUCGGUCGAACCCUCAAGAUCAUUCAGAAAUUCAUAAACGUCAUCCUUGAUCUUGUGUUCACGCCUCUGAAUCUACUCAUCUACCCCGUGGAUGCUGUUGUUGAAGGAACUCUGAAUAUGAUCCCGUUCGUCAGGAUUAUCGCUCAGCUCAUGGAUAGAGUUAUAUUCGGUUUCAAUGACCAUCAAGGUCAUGCCGGCAAAAUUCUAUCGGAUAGCAGCCAGCGAAUCGGCCAGAAACUGAGUCAAUCACGGACUAUUCCGGAACCAAGAGGGAUGAGCGCCACCCUGACGGUCUUCAUCGGGAACUCCACAAUCGAAAUAAACAAUGAAAUCGUCCUCUCUCUGUACAAUAUGUUCGUAUCAUCGGCCGAAUCCUCAAUCGCCACGCUUCCUGAAGUCAUCACCCUGGCGAGAAUGACCUCGUCUAAACAAAGCGUUGCUGAACCUAGUUUGAAGGAUGCCGACCUCAACCUGAACAAGUCUCUGGUCAUCAUGGCGAACAUCACAGAUUCAUUGAGUCCGCCGAAUGAGAAUGCAUCUCAUGCCGCGAAACUACUCCGAAAGGAUAUCCACAAAAUAAUGCUUAGCAUGGGUUUCACGAACACCUUCGCAACUGCAAAAAAUGUUUCAAGAGCUAUUACGAGUUCAGUUCUGCUCCUCAAUGAACUGGUGCUGAGUGAAGUCGAUACCGGAACCUUGAACAACUUCUACACGACUCUGAUCACCGGCUUGAUCAAUGCCGUUGGUUCAGUAUCGCUGAAAAUUUAUUUUUCAAGCGAAUCUUCCGCGGAAAUGCAGAAUUUCCUCCAGGUCGCAUUGAAGCCCCUGAACCUGAAUGACUCCAUCGCCGAAACCUGUCGGAAGAUUGAUGGAUGA